AUGGCCCAGACCCGUUUCACUCUUCACCGGGAUCCCCUCUUGGCGAACUGCUACAAAAUCAAGCUCACCGCAGCUCUCUUGCACAUCCCAUUGGAGAAACACAACCACUCGAUCUUGAGCGGCGACACGCAGACGCCCGAGUUCCAGAACAAAGUCUCCUUCUGGCGCCGCAUCCCGGUGCUGCAGGUCGACAAGUCUUCGUUUCUCCCCGAGAGCAAUGCGGCGUGCUUCAAUCUGGCCGGUCCAAUCUCAUUCCAGACGACGCCUUUUCAAAAGGCCGAGAUGCUGCGAUGGAUGUUUUUCGAACAGAACCACCACGAAGUCAGCGUCGCGUCGCUGCGUUUCUGGCUGCACAUCCUGGGCGAGGAGUCCUUGUCCGCGGAUCGAAUCGCGCACAUCCCGGCCAAGAAAGUUGCCGCCCGGCAGUGUUUCGACUACAUGGAGGACCAUCUGGCCAACCACAGCCAGUCCGGCUGGUUCGUCGGUGAUUCCAUCACUCUCGCCGAUAUCUGCUUGUUCGCCUACACCCACAUCGCGGCCCACGCGGGAUUUGACUUGAAGGAAUGGCCUGCUGUGAAGGCCUGCUGUGAGAAGGUGAAAUCCGUCGAUGCGUUUUGUUGA